AGAGGAAAAGGUCCAACAUAGGUCUCAUCUUGUUACAGACAAGAUUAGGGUUUAAGGGCAAAUGAUCUAGACCGUCGAUCUCAACAAUUUGUAUUGUCUUCUCAGAUUAUAACUCUUAGAACUUGUUUUUCAAGGUGUUGAGAGCUUCUGCAAGACUGAGAGAAGAAAUUCAGCCAGAGUUAUUUUAGCAGUUAGACUCUGCAAAUCCAUUUUCGAAAUGGCUGAAGCUGUGAACCCAAAAGCAUAUCCUUUGGCUGAUAAUCAGCUUUCUAUAACUAUUUUGGACUUGGUGCAACAGGCUUGCAACUAUAAGCAGCUUAAAAAGGGAGCUAAUGAAGCUACCAAGACUCUGAACAGAGGAAUUGCAGAGUUCGUUGUUAUGGCAGCUGAUACUGAGCCUCUUGAGAUCCUUCUCCAUUUGCCAUUGUUGGCUGAGGAUAAGAACGUGCCAUAUGUGUUUGUACCAUCAAAACAGGCAUUAGGUCGGGCAUGUGGUGUCACUCGUCCUGUCAUUGCUUGUUCUGUGACAACUAAUGAGGGAAGUCAACUAAAAUCACAAAUUCAACAGCUUAAGGAUGCCAUCGAGAAGCUUCUUAUUUAAUGCAGUCUUAUAUGCUCUACAACAAGGUCAAUAGUAGUUCGCUUGCUUUAAUUUUAUUUGCCCAUCUAGGUAGCACUGAUGACAUGGUCCGGAGGGCAAGGAUUGUCUGAUGCCAAUGUGACUUGUCCAUUGAGAAUGUUAGUUGUGGCCGUGGAGGUUUUACUAUGAUCGAGGAGAGUUGUAGUAACAAAUUUUGAUUGUAACUGGAAUCUUGUAAUAUUAUUGCACAGUUGCAGUAACUUUAUUUCUCUCACUAAAUUAUGCUUGCCAAUAAAUCCUAAAGAAUAUGAUGGUUAUGCAUUAUUUGGAUCUUUUUA